UUUCAGCACCAUGGUCAGAUCCAGCAUGAACAAACAUUGACCAUAUGCCACAGUAAAUCUGUAACUCAUCCAUCAUUUCAGCGCUGCUCACCUUUUCCGGUGGACGAGGGAGUGUUUAUAGCAACAGACACAAUGUAGUUAAGCUUUUGAGCUUUUACGCGCACGUUACAAAUUUGCUUUUGGUAUAAACGUGGAGUUUCGCUAUUACAGUAUGAUGAUUUCCCGCUACAGACCGAGCCCAGGCUCCACCAUGUCCUUGUCUUUCUGUGGCAACGAGAACAACUCUGUCGCCUACAAUGUGGACCAUGGCGUGCUCAAUAAUGGAUGCUUUCUCGAUGCCCUUACUGUGGUGCCCCAUGUCUUCCUGCUCUUCAUCACAUUCCCUAUCCUCUUCAUUGGCUGGGGCAGCCAGAGCUCGAAGGUUCACAUCCAUCACAGUACAUGGCUACAUUUCCCUGGACACAACCUGCGCUGGAUCCUCACCUUCAUCCUUCUGUUUGUGCUGGUGUGUCAGAUUGCAGAGGGCAUUGUUUCUGAUGGGUUUACACAAUCUCUUCAUCUACAUCUAUAUAUGCCCGCAUGCCUGGCUUUCAUGGCUGCAAUCACUUCAAUAAUCUACUACCACAACAUAGAGACCUCCAAUUUUCCCAAGUUGUUGCUAGCAUUACUUAUUUAUUGGAUUUUGGCAUUUAUCACUAAGACCAUCAAGUUUGCCAAGUACACUGAGCAUGGAAUUGGUAUGAGACAGUUGCGCUAUUGCUUGACCGGCCUCCUCGUCAUGCUCUAUGGCCUGCUUCUGACUGUAGAGAUCAACGUCAUACUGGGACGGCGAUAUAUGUGUUUUGCCAAUCCCACUGAGGUAAAGCCUCCUGAAGACCUGCAGGACCUGGGUGUGCGCUUUCUGCAGCCAUUCGUCAAUCUACUGUCUAAGGGUACUUACUGGUGGAUGAAUACUUUUAUCACCUCGGCUCACAGGCGCCCCAUUGACCUGAAGGUCAUCGGCAAACUGCCCAUUGCCAUGAGGGCACUCACUAAUUAUCUGAAACUGCGCAGAGCCUUUGAAGCUCAGAAGAGGCCUGAUGGCCUCCAGCCGCAGGGACCUCAAUGGAUCUGGAGGGCACUAAGAGAGGCCUUUGGAAAGCCCUUGAUUCUGAGCAUUACCUUCCGUUUCCUGGCUGACCUGCUGGGUUUUGCUGGACCAUUGUGCAUCUCGGGUAUUGUGCACCACAUCAGCAAGAAGAACCACACCAUCCAGGCACCGGCACAAUUAUUGGGGGUCUAUUUCAUCUCCUCACAGGAAUUUCUCGCUAAUGCCUAUGUACUGGCUGUGUUGCUGUUCUUUGCUCUGCUUCUGCAGAGGACGUUUCUACAAGCCUCUUAUUACUCAGCCAUACAAACUGGCAUCAACCUAAGAGGAGCCAUCCAGACUAAGAUUUAUAACAAGAUCAUGCGCCUGUGCACCUCAAACAUGUCUAUGGGAGAGAUGACUGUGGGCCAGAUCUGUAACCUGGUAGCCAUAGACACCAACCAGCUGAUGUGGUUCUUCUUCCUGUGUCCCAACCUGUGGGCCAUGCCUGUACAGAUUAUAGUGGGGGUGAUUCUGCUCUACUACCUUCUGGGAAUAAGUGCCUUGAUUGGGGCAACAAUUAUUGCCCUACUCGCCCCUGUGCAGUACUUUGUGGCUACUAAAUUGUCCCAAACACAAAAAAACACCUUGGAGUAUUCCAGUGAGCGGCUGAAGAAAACCAACGAGCUUUUGCGUGGUAUCAAGCUGCUGAAACUCUACUCGUGGGAGCACAUCUUCUGUUCCAGUGUGGAGGAGACCAGGGGAAAGGAGCUGACCAGCCUGCAGGCCUUUGCUCUCUACACCUCCAUAUCUAUAUUUAUGAAUGCCGCUAUACCAAUUGCAGCAGUUCUUACUACAUUUGUGGUGCAUGUUCACCUGUCUGAUGAUGCAGAUCUCUCCCCAGCAGUAGCGUUCGCUUCACUUUCCCUUUUCCACAUCUUGGUCACACCUCUCUUCCUCCUGUCCAGUGUGGUUCGUUCCACAGUCAAAGCCCUUGUCAGUGUGCAGAAGCUAAGUGAGUUCUUCUCCAGUGAUGAGAUCGGAGAAGAGCAAGAGCCUAAGGCCACCCUUCCAACCAUCUCUAGCAACCACAGCAAUUAUCAAGCACUUCCACUGAAAGUUGUGAAUCGUAAGCAUCCAGUGAGAGAGGAGUGGAACAGCAUUGGGCUACAGAGUGAGAAGUGUAUCGAAACGGCUGCGGAUGAAGAUAUCUGCAUCAAAAUAAGCAAUGGCUAUUUCAGCUGGACUGAGGGAGCACCCACACUUUUCAACGUGAACAUAAAGAUUCCAUUCGGUCAGCUGACUAUGAUAGUGGGUCAGGUGGGUUGUGGAAAAUCUUCUCUGUUACUAGCUGCACUGGGAGAGAUGCAGAAGAUCUCUGGCACAGUGACAUGGAACAGUAUUCCGAAGCUGGAUUCAGAGGGAGAUGAAAGUCCAGAUGCAUCUGGUGAUGAAGAAUUCCGAAAAAGAGGUGCUGUUGCAUAUGCUUCCCAGAAGCCCUGGCUUCUAAAUGCUUCUGUGGUUGAGAACAUCACAUUUGAGAUGCCUCUGAUCAAACAAAGGUAUAAGACAGUGACUGAGGCAUGCUCCCUGCAGCCUGAUAUUGACAUCCUACCACAGGGGGACCAGACGGAAAUUGGUGAAAGGGGAAUCAUCCUCUCAGGAGGCCAGAGGCAGCGUAUCAGUGUCGCCCGUGCCCUCUAUCAAACCACCAAUGUAGUCUUCCUGGAUGACCCUUUCUCAGCGCUGGACAUCCAUCUGAGUGAUCAUCUGAUGCAAGAGGGUAUUCUGAAACUGCUCCUGGAGGAGAAGAGGACUGUGGUGCUGGUCACACACAAACUGCAGUAUCUGCCUCACGCAGACUGGAUUAUUGCAAUGAAAGAUGGUACGAUCCAGGCAGAGGGCACCCUGAAAGACAUUCAGAAAUCUGAACCUGAACUGUUUGAGCAGUGGAAAACCCUCAUGCAUCGCCAGGAUCGGGAAUUUGAGAAGGAGACUGUAGAAGAAAGUAUGACAGUAUUGGAAAGGAAGAACCUGAGAAGGGCCAUGUACUCCAGAGAGGCAGUGAAGACAGAGGAAGAAGAGGAAGAGGAGUCACUGGAGAGUGAUGAUGAGGAGAACCUGUCACAGGCAAUGAGGCACAGAGCUACCAUCCCUUGGCGUUCGUGUGGGAAGUACCUGAGCUCAGCUGGACUGAUGCUGCUGCCCCUUCUGCUACUCUCUCAGCUGCUCAAACACUCAUUCAUGGUGGCCAUCGACGUCUGGCUGGCUCACUGGACCUCCGAUGUCAUUCAUGCCAAAAUCAAUGCUGUUCGACACAACUGCACACUAGUGCAGGACUGCGGGUUCAGUCACUCAUCAUAUCUGCUGGUGUUCAGUAUGCUGUGCUGCCUGGGCAUUGUCCUAUGUUUGGUCACAUCUGUGGCUGUGGAGUGGACAGGGCUGAGUGUGGCCAAAAAGCUGCACCAUAACCUGCUUAAUAACAUCAUACUCGCUCCCAUGAGGCUCUUUGAAACAACUCCGUUGGGAUGCCUUUUAAACCGAUUCUCAGCAGAUACAAACACAAUAGACCAGCAUAUUCCUACUACUUUGGAGAGUUUGAUUCGCUCGACAUUGCUGUGUGUGUCUGCACUGGGUGUUAUCUCAUAUGUCACACCUGUUUUCCUCAUCGCUCUCACUCCUCUCGCCAUUGCCUGCUACUUCAUCCAGAAAUACUUCAGAGUGGCGUUCAAAGAUCUGCAUCAGCUUGAGGACAGUACACAACUCCCCUUGCUCUCUCACUUCUCUGAGACAGUAGAGGGUCUCACCAUCAUCCGGGCCUUCAGGUAUGAGGCCAGAUUCCGGCAGAGACUUCUGGAGCUUACGGAUGCUAAUAAUGUCGCAUCUCUCUUCCUCACUGCUGCCAACCGUUGGUUAGAAGUUCGCAUGGAGUAUAUUGGAGCCUGUAUUGUCCUCAUAGCUGCUGUGGCUUCCAUCACCAACAAUCUUUACAACCAUCUGUCUACUGGCCUAGUAGGGCUGGGGCUUACCUACGCUCUGAUGGUAUCAAAUUACCUUAACUGGAUGGUGCGUAACCUGGCUGAUAUGGAGGUUCAGUUAGGAGCAGUGAAAAGGAUAAACAACCUGCUGAAGACUGAACCAGAGAACUAUGAGGGGCUGCUCUCUUUGUCUCAGGUCUCUGAGGGCUGGCCACAGCAGGGUGAGAUUCAUAUCCAGAACCUGAGUGUGAGGUACGACAGCACACUGAAGCCAGUCCUAAAGCAUGCCAAUGCCCACAUCAGACCAGGACAAAAGGUUGGUAUCUGUGGCAGGACAGGAAGUGGCAAGUCGUCCUUCUCCUUAGCUUUCUUCCGCAUGGUGGAUGCUUUUGAGGGACGGAUAAUCAUAGAUGAUAUUGACAUAGCAAAGCUGCCUCUCCAGACACUGCGGAGCCGUUUAUCUAUCAUCCUUCAAGAUCCCAUUCUCUUCAGUGGAACAAUACGUUUUAAUCUAGACCCAGAGAUGAAGGCUACAGACAGCAUGCUUUGGGAAGCUCUGGAAAUUGCACAACUCAAACCAGUAGUGCAAACCCUGUAUGGAGGACUUGAUGCCAUGGUGACAGAAGGUGGGGAAAAUUUCAGUCAGGGACAACGUCAGCUGUUCUGCCUGGCACGAGCGUUUGUGCGCAAAAGCAGUAUUCUGAUCAUGGAUGAGGCCACUGCCUCCAUAGACAUGGCCACAGAGAGUAUUCUACAGAAAGUUGUAAUGACGGCCUUCGCUGACAGGACGGUUGUCAUUAUAGCGCAUCGAGUGCACACCAUCCUGAAUGCAGAUCUGGUGAUGGUGAUGAAGAGGGGAGAGAUUCUGGAGUUUGAUAAACCUGAGGUCCUUCUCAGGACAGAGGGAAGCGCUUUUGCCUCUUUUGUUCGGGCAGACAAAUGACCACAGAUGACCUUCCAUUUAAAGUGCAAUUGUACUAUGUAUUAUUGUUUUAUUUUUUACCAUGUAACAUAUUUGUAAAUAUAUAAUACAAUAAAAUACGACUGCUUAUAUAUACA